AUGUCGCAUGAUACUGGUUUGUUUAGUGUCAGGCGUCCCCGCGAGACGCUUGGGAGUGUCCAAAACUUUUCGGCGAUUCCCCAACCUGCAUCAGCUCUGAAGCGCACUAGCUCUAUUGGAUACAACAAUCCUCAAUUCACAUCGCAAAACACCCGAACCUCCCUAUUGAAUUCGACGAACAGACCCCAACAGCCAAAUUUUGGGCGCGUUUCAUCCGUUGGUCCAUUUGGUGUUGAAGCUGGCCUCCAGUCAGUGCGACGCUCCGUAUCGGCCAACUUGUUUCAUGGUGCUAGUGCGAGCCGACAGAGCUAUGCGCCAGGUUCUCUUUCGUCGAAUCCGGCCCCUACACCCAGCCAACAACGUCGUAGUAGUGUGUUCUCCCGGCCCUCGAUGGCUGGUCCGAUGGGCCAUCAGUCGUUCUUUAACCAGGUCCCAUCUGUAGCUGGAGUCCCCAGGGAUCCACGACCACUCCGGGAUCGAUCUUUUCAGGCGCGAAUUGGGCAGGAGCUUCUAGAAUACCUAACCAACAACAAAUUCGAGCUAGAGAUGAAGCACACUUUGGGCCAGAAUACUUUGCGCUCGCCAACUCAAAAGGAUUUCAACUACAUUUUCCAAUGGCUGUACCAUCGCAUUGACCCCGGAUACAAAUUUCAGAAAGCCAUGGAUGCUGAAGUACCCCCGAUUCUCAAACAGUUGCGCUAUCCAUAUGAAAAAGGCAUUACGAAGUCUCAGAUCGCAGCGGUCGGUGGCCAGAAUUGGUCGACCUUUCUAGGAAUGCUGUACUGGCUGAUGCAAUUGGCUCAAAUGAUGGAUCGCUUUAGCCAGGGUGUGUAUGAUGAGGCUUGUGCCGAGGUAGGGGUGGACGUCAGUGGAGAUCGCAUUAUCUACUCCUUUCUCACUGGUGCCUAUCACGACUGGCUUCAAGGUGGUGAAGAUGAGGACGAUGAAUUGGCAGAACAGAGAUUGGUCCCACACGUUGAGAACAUGGCACAAGAAUUUGCCCGCGGCAAUGAGCGGCAUGUUCAGGAGAUGGAGGCCCUCGAGGAAGAGAACAGAGCUCUCCGUCAGCAGAUCGAGAAGAUGGAGAAGAAUGCACCGGACAUGAACAAGAUAGACGAGCAUUUCCGGAUGCUUGAAGACGAUAAAAGAAAAUUCGAGGAUUACAACGAAAAUGUUAAAGGCAAGAUCAAGAAAUACGAGACUCGCAUCAAAUUUCUCGACACCGAAAUCGAGAAAACGGAUGUUGAUCUUCAGGCGACCGAAGCUGAGCGCAACGAUCUUCAAGCCAGUGUCGAUCAGCAGGGUAUUACCAUCCAGGAUAUUGACCGCAUGAACACGGAGCGCGAGCGCCUUCAAAAGAGUCUUGAAGACGCCAUGGCCCGCUUGGAAGAAACCCAUGCUCGUGUUAUGGAGAAGGAGGCUGAAGCGAGCCAGAAGCUUGAAGAUCUUGAACAAAUUGUCAAAGCAUACAAUACUCUCGGCUACCAGACCAGUCUGAUUCCCGCCUCUGCCGAAAAUGCCAAUGGUCAGGACUUCGAGCUUGAACUGAGGGUGAACGAGAACAAUUUCUCUGCCAGCCAGAUUGGAGGCUCACAAAAUCGCAUUUCCCCCGAAGGUGACCGCCUUUUGGCCGAACCCUUCACAGGAUAUCACCCGGCACAUUUGCUUAAUCUCGAUCUUAGGGGCUUCGUACGCAAUAGUCUACAAACACUUCGAAAAGAUAUCAAUGAACGACGGAAGCAAGGCAUUGAUGACGAUCUCGAGCGCCGCAAUCUACUUGAUAAUAUCAAGGAGGCAAUGGAUGAGAAGAGAAGUGAAGUUGAAGCCUUAGAGCACCGGCGCCGAGCGGCAGAGGAGGAGUUUGAACGUACUAAGGAAAUCACAACCACUCAGAAGCUAGCAUCUGAUGCGCAGAUCGAAAAGAUGGAGAAAGAGCUUGCAAAGAUGCGCGCCACUCUGAGUGACAGUGUUCAAUUGAUGGAACAGCGAGAGAUGAACACCAACAUCGAGUAUGAGCAAUUAACACUACGGGCGAAUGCACUACGAGAAGAGCUUCAUACUAAUGUGGAAACUAUGCUGAACGACGUCAUUCGAUUCAAGGUCCACGUUCAAAAGGGACUCGAAGAUUACGAAAGCUUUGUCGUUGAUGAAGUGGAGCAGGAGCUUGGAGGCGACAUGGAACUUGAGGAAGAAUUGUGA